GGGCCGCCGCUAUCUGCACAGCGAGCUCACCUGCAGGGCCUCCAACCACCCGGAUGUCCUGCUCUCCACCAGCGUCGUCAUCGACAUGCUACUGUCGCCGCUGGUGACGCAGCUGCUUGGGGAGAACCGUCCGCUGAGCGCGGGCCGGCAGUACGAGGUGUCCUGCCAGACGGUGGGCUCGCGGCCGCCGGCCAAUGUCUCCUGGUGGCGCGACACACUGCUGCUAGAGGGCGCCAGAGACACUACGAGCGGGGACGGCAACGUGACGACGAGUACCCUGUCACUGUCACCUGUGGCUGAUGACUCUGGACGGCAACUGUGCUGCAGGGCUGCCAACAUCCUGCUUCCGCCGCCAGAAGUCAGCGAGCAGCUGCACGACUGCCGGACGCUGCACGUCCGCUACAGUCCCAUCGUGGACCUGGAGCUGGGCAGCAAUAUCAACGGCAGCGCCAUCCGCGAGGGCGUCGACGUCUACUUCGAGUGCAACGUUCGCGCCAACCCGUGGAUCCAUAAAGUCGUCUGGAGGCACAAUGGUCGCCAGCUGCACAGCAACCCGAGCGCCGGCACGCUGCUGAGCAACCAGACGCUGGUGCUGCAGGCGGUCAAGCGGCAGCGCUCGGGUCUCUACACGUGCGUUGCGAGCAACUCGGAGGGCGACACCGAGAGCAACGCCUUCAACCUCGACGUCAAGUACGCCCCGGAGUGCGUGCACGGGCAGCAGCGCGUGUGGGGGGCGGCGCGCCGCGAGACGGUGUCGGUGCCGUGCCAGGUGGAGGCGCGGCCGGCGGCCACGCUCUUUCGCUGGGCCUUCAACAGCAGCGCGGGCGGGCCCAGUUCGACGCCGGCCGCCGUCACCACGCAGCCGGGCCGCAGCGUCGCCACGCACACGCCGCUCAGCGAGCGCGACUACGGCACGCUGCUCUGCUGGGCGCGCAACGAACUCGGCACCCAGUUGCACCCCUGCGUCUUCCUCGUCGUGCCUGCAGGGAAGCCAGACCCGCCCCGCGACUGCCGCGUGUCCUCGCGCUCCACGACGUCCCUGCAGGUGUCCUGCACGCGGGGCUCGGACGGCGGGCUGCCGCCGCAGCACUUCACGCUGGAGCUGCUGGCCGGCCGUGGCGGCCGCCUGGUGGCCAACGUCACAAGCCGCGCCUCCCCGGAGUUCACCGUCGCUGGACUCGAACCCGGCACCACCUACCACCUCCGCGUCUACUCCAGCAACGGCAAGGGCCGCAGCGACGCCGCGGCUGAGCUCAACGUCACCACCCUCCGGGCCUCGCAGCAACACCGGAGGAUCGAUGCUGUGUCGACGGCGCCUUCGCCGACCGCGCCGCUGCUGCCGCCCCCGGCGUGGCUGGUGGUGGUGGUGGUGGCGGCCGUGCUGCUGCUGUGCGCCGCCGCCGGCGUCGCCGUGGCCAGAGCCCGCGGCUGUCGGCUGCGGGGGCGGCGCCGCGGCGCCCAGGGCGACAGCACCGGCAGCAGCUCCCCAAGCGGCAAGACGCCGCCCCCCAUCCAGGAGGACAACCCCGACGUCGUGCCGCCCCGCAAAGACGAGACGGAGCUGCCGGGGCAGGCGUACAAGGCGCUGCAGCAGUACAACAUCGUGGUGGAGGCGCGCCCUGUCAACGUGGACUCCUCGGCGCAAACCGUCCUCUACAGCGCCGUGAACACCUUCCCCAUGACGGAGGCGGUUGUGCUGGCGCCGUGCUGGCCGUCCCCCGGCUCCUCUGACGCGUCGGCGCCACUGCUGGCGCCCGCGACAGCCACAGCCGCCCCCGGCGGGCCGCCCCCCGGCGCCGCCCCCCUGGGCUCUGCGGCGGCCUCCCCGCGGCUGCAGGACGCCGAGACCCAGACGGCGGCGCCCCUGCUCCGCCCCCGCGCCUGCCCCUGGCACCGCCGCCGCUGCUGCCGCUGCCGCCUUGGGCCAGCAGCACAAGGAGAGCACCGUGUAGCGGAACCAGGCGCACCGCAUGCGCUGCCAAACACUCCGUCCUACGAUGACACUGCACCGGAAGAGCGCCCCAGAAGCGACUCCCGGUGCGGGGCCGCGGCCAUGGCCGGCGGAUCGCCGCUGCGCCAAUCGCAGGUACCGCAGAUUCGUCUCGCACUCGCAGCGAGGCCGUGGAGUGACUGCCCCAGCGAUUCGUAACCUCAUGGCCUGCGUCACAGAAAGGCGAUCUUUUUUACAUCGUCUGUGUCUUUAUUGUUG